AUGAAGGGAUCAUCUGGACCCAUACAAAGCAGGCUACAUCCUAUAGAAAAGGUACCUAAGCCUUUCCAUACUCUAUACAUAGAAAUUUCCGGUAAACUGAGUGGUGCAUCUACUCAAAAAGAGUACUUUUCUGUAGCAAUCGAUGCCUACACAAAAUUCGUUAUACUACAACAUGCUAAAAGCAAAUCUCAAGCAGGCGCACUGCAACACCUCAAAGAUAUUGUCUUCCUCUUUGGCACACCAAAACGCAUUGUCAUCGAUGAAAACGGUACUUUCGUAUCGCACUAUAAAGUGUAUUGCUAA